AUGGAGGAAGGUGGAUUCAUUAGGAGAACAAGGAGCCGUGUUGGUCGUGCUAAGCAGAAGAAAGUCAGCUAUGUGGAGGUGAGUAGUAGCGAAGAUGAGCAAUCUACUCUUACUAGUGUGUCUGGAGGACGGAAGGACUCUAGCGAGAGUACUGUUGUUGGAUCAAGUGCUGACGAUCCUAUCGAUCUUGACUAUGAGGAGGAGGAGGAUGAAGAGUUUGUCGAUGCAGAGGAAGAGGUGGCAAACCAUGAUGCUGAAGAUGAUACUGCCGCAGAGAUGAGGACUGCUAAAGUGAAAAGGGGAAAGAGAAGUAGAAGAUUAAAACCCACUCUGAUGGUAGAUUUGUCGAAGGUGGAGUUUGAUGAGGAUGGCCAUGCCAGGAUGAAGAAAGAAGAGCCUGAUAAUGCCCUUCCCGAUGUACCAGACGAACCAAAUAUACCAGAAAUAAAGGAAGAUGAUGAAGAUGAUCAACCUUUAAGUAAGAAGAGGAAAACGACAGCAAAAAAAUCAAGGAAGAAGAAGGAGCCAAAGAUCAAGCUUACCCCUUAUCAGAGGACCACACUGAGGUUGUUUGAACACCAUCCAGAACUUGCCAAUGUUUUCCCUGAUCUACAAAAUGCUCCUAAAUAUGAGCCUCAUAGAGCACCUCAACCGGCAGACAUGGGUGUCAAAUUACUUCCUUUUCAGUUGGAAGGUUUGCACUGGAUGCUUUCACAGGAAGAUAGUAUAUAUAACGGCGGAGUUCUUGCUGAUGAAAUGGGGAUGGGUAAGACUAUUCAAACUAUUGCUCUACUCAUGAAUGACAGAAGCAAGAAGCCAUCUCUAGUGGUGGCACCAACAGUGGCUCUUAUGCAAUGGAAGAAUGAGAUUGAACAACACACAAAUGGGGCUCUUUCCACAUAUAUAUAUCACGGUGCAUCCAGAACUAUUAAUAUUCAUGAUUUAAAAGACAUUGAUGUGAUAUUAACGACAUACUCUGUCCUUGAAUCCGUUUUCAGGAAGCAGAACUACGGGUUUAGGAGGAAGAAUGGCCUGGUGAAGGAAAAAUCGCUACUACAUAAUAUUGAUUUUUACAGAGCUAUUCUUGAUGAAGCCCAUAAUAUCAAGGAUAGAACUAGUAAUACUUCUCGAGCCGUCAACGCUCUUAAGACACAAAAGAGGUGGUGUCUAUCCGGUACACCUUUGCAGAACAGAAUUGGCGAAAUGUAUUCAUUGAUCAGGUUUUUGGAUAUCAAUCCAUUCGCGAAAUAUUUUUGUACAAAAUGUGAAUGUGCCUCUAAAGAAUGGAAAUUUAGUGAUAAUAUGCACUGUGAUAGUUGUGGGCAUGUAUUAAUGCAGCAUACCAAUUUUUUUAAUCACUUCAUGCUAAAGAAUAUACAAAAAUUUGGUGUUGAGGGGCCAGGGUUGGAAUCUUUCAAUAACAUUCAGACAUUAUUAAAGAAUGUUAUGCUGCGAAGAACGAAAGUGGAAAGAGCCGACGAUUUAGGGUUGCCACCUAGAGUAGUCACGGUCAGAAAGGAUUAUUUCAGCGAAGAAGAAAAGGAUUUAUACAGAAGUUUAUACACUGAUUCUCAGAGGAAAUAUAAUUCUUUUGUCGAAAAGGGUGUUGUCUUGAAUAACUAUGCGAAUAUUUUUUCCUUGAUCACAAGGAUGAGGCAGCUGGCCGAUCAUCCCGACUUGGUUUUGAAGCGUUUUCAUGACGAUAAUGCAGCGGGCGUUAUUGUUUGUCAGCUAUGUAAUGAUGAAGCAGAAGAGCCAAUCGAAUCAAAAUGUCAUCAUAAAUUUUGCAGGUUGUGCAUAAGGGAAUAUGUUGAAUCAUAUAUUGAAUCUAGUGGUUCAAACUUAACCUGUCCAGUUUGUCACAUUGGACUAAGUAUAGAUUUGUCUCAACCGUCACUGGAGGUAGAUUUAGAAUCUUUCAAGAAGCAAAGCAUAGUCAGUAGACUUAACAUGAAAGGUACCUGGAGGUCAUCAACUAAAAUUGAGGCACUUGUUGAAGAACUUUAUAAACUUAGAAGUCCCGUAAAAACCGUCAAAUCUAUUGUAUUUUCGCAAUUUACUAGUAUGUUAGAUUUGGUUGAAUGGAGAUUGAAAAGAGCUGGAUUUCAAACUGUUAAAUUACAAGGUAGUAUGUCCCCAACGCAAAGAGAUCAGACAAUCAAAUACUUUAUGGACAAUAUUGAAUGUGAGGUUUUCUUGGUUAGUUUGAAAGCUGGUGGUGUGGCAUUGAAUUUAUGUGAAGCUUCUCAGGUUUUUAUUUUGGAUCCAUGGUGGAAUCCUAGUGUGGAAUGGCAAAGUGGAGAUAGAGUGCAUAGAAUCGGACAGUAUAGGCCUGUGAAGAUAACUAGAUUUUGUAUAGAAGAUAGUAUUGAAGCUAGAAUCAUUGAGCUGCAAGAAAAGAAAGCAAAUAUGAUUCAUGCGACUAUCAAUCAGGACGAGGCAGCUAUUAAUAGAUUAACACCGGCUGAUCUUCAGUUUUUGUUUAAUAAUUAA